UCAGAGAGCGAAGCUGACGGUCAGUCGCUCGCGAUCCGACAUCCUCGGCAGCGGCGAAGCAGCAGCAGCAGCAGCAGCAGCAGCAAGACCUACCUGCGAUGCUUACCUGGGGAGUCAUCCUAGGGCUCUUGCCCGUGUUGCUGGGUUCCGCCCGGGGAGACCUCAUCGCAGAAACUAACUGUCCCGGCGGCCAGUCCUGGAGUCCCGACUUGGAAAAGUGCAUGGAUUGCUCAGUGUGUCAACGUCAAAACAAGAACGAUUUUUGCUCUACCUGUGGAGACCCCCAGCCCAUCAACUCCUUCAAUUUGUGGGUGCUAAUUGGGGCCUCGUUGGGUGCUGUUCUUCUGGCUAGUAUCAUCGCGGGCACAAUCAUUUAUGCCCGCUGCCGAAGGCGAGAAAAAUUCACCACCCCAAUUGAAGAAACUGGAGGCCAUUCAGCUCAAGAAUCACUGAUACACUGAAGACCUGUUUUUUUUCACCACUUCAGAGUCAGGAAACGGCAAAGAAAACAUCACUUUUGAUUACCUCGACUUUCCUUGAAGCUGCGGGAGAGACAUUUUUUCACCUACCCUGGCAUUGCGGGGCCUUACACUUUGCACACUCAGCAACAGGCUGUGAAACCUACUGUCUCCUGUUCCCAUUUCAGGAAGCAGGCCCCUCUGGGGAAAGGGCAACCAUUUUCCUUGCCAAGUGCUUUAUGCUGUGUGAGGUGGAAAAAAAACUCACUUCCGGCAUAUACAUACCCCAGGCCUAAUGCCCCAUAUUGGGGUGAUUUGUUUUUUCUACAGGGGUUACAGUUUGGGGAACUUUGCAAUUCCUAGAUCUGCAUUGUGGGCCUCUUCCUUUGUCGUUUCCCUCUGGGAAAUGUUUUAGGGAAAACAACGAAUGUGAUUUUUAGAUUAUCUGUAUAUAGAGAUAUAUUGGGUGCUAAAACUCUCCAUGAGAGUGGAAUAUGAACUAGCCUCAACAGAGCUUCCUGCACCAUUACUCCAAUCAGUGGCUGGCCACUACAUCAAAAAGAAAAGUUAGAUGUAGUUCCAGAUGUUCUGGACUACAACUCCCAUAAUGCCAUGAAAAAAUUCACAAAUUGCCUUAGGUUUAUGGGCAUUUUACUCCAUAAGGAGAGCAUCGGUUUGGUUCCUCAGACUCUCCCUGGUAUUUGUUUUUCCCUCUUCCUCUUCUCUUUGGUGCUCCCUGUUGAGACUCUAUUUAUGUCUUCUGCUCUCAUCAGAGAUUUUUAAUUUUAUGGUGUGAUUGGUUUUUUUAAACUGCGUUCAGGAAAAAAAAGAGAAAAAAACUUUCGUUUCCUGACACAGCAUUUGUGAACUGAGGUAAAAUAAAAAUACUUAAGUUUGGUAUGAAAAUGUUGCAAAUUGUCCCCAGGAAGUAAAUGUGAAUAUUGAUGGGUUUGAUAUUGACCGCCCCACUCUAAAUCAUAGUUUGUUUAAUGUAUUAAAUAAACCACAAUUGGACAGAUUUGCAUGAUACAAAAAGCUGAAUAAAUAAUUUUAAGGU